UCAGAUGGUUCAGGGAACCUGUGCGGCUCGCCGCUGACUCUGGACGACCUUUUUCAGAGGAACUUUCAAAUCCAUGAUCCAGAGGCAACGUGGAUGAGCACGGAUGAAAUCCUCUUCCGAAGUUGGGAAGGAGAUGUUUUUAAAGUCAACAUCUACAGCAACCAGACCGAACUCCUGAUAAAAAACACCACCUUCGUGACAUUUAAGGCAACAAAGUUUGCUGUUUCUCCCGAUAUGAACUUUGUUCUUCUGGGAUAUGACGUCCAACAGGUCUUCAAGCAUUCCUUUCUGGCUUCGUAUCUGAUCUACAACCUGUUCACCAGAGAAGUGCAGGAGCUGAAUCCUCCGGAGGUGUCCAACUCUGUCCUCCAGUUUGCCUCUUGGGGCGUUCAGGGCCAGCAGCUGAUCUAUAUUUUUGAAAAUAACAUCUACUACCAGAAUCACACCCAGAGCAGCUCAUGGAGGCUCACCUCCUCUGGACAGGAGGGCGUGGUCUUCAAUGGCAUUGCUGAUUGGCUGUAUGAGGAGGAGGUGUUGGACUCCCAGGUGGCCCACUGGUGGUCACCAGAUGGCUCCAGGCUGGCCUACCUCACCAUCAAUGACACCCUGGUGCCCAGAAUGGUUCUGCCUCGUUUUACCGGCUCGCUCUACCCCAGAGGGAUGGAGUACCCGUACCCCAAGGUGGGCCUCAGAAGUCCAGCUGAUCUGGGAUGGUUCAGGUUGUUGUUAGCCUCGCUGCAGGCAGUUAGCCUAGCCUUGGAGCUAAAUAAUCCUAUAAACCUCGACUUCUACAUCAGCAUGGUGAAAUGGGUGAGCCGGCAGAAGCUGAGCGUCCGCUGGGUCAACCGAGCUCAGAACGUCUCCAUUCUCUCCCUGUGUGACGCCACCACAGGCGACUGCAUGAAGAAACAUGUGAUGACAUCAGAGGCUUGGUUGGACCGCCAGACUGAGGAGCCACUGUUCUCCAGGGACCUCAGCAGGUUCUUCAUCAGCAGCCCUGGAGCCUUCAGCCACAUCUCCAUGAUCUCCAACCAGUCUGACGCUGAGCGGGUCCGGGUCCAGCAGCUCACCUCUGGGAACUGGAAGGUCUCCCGGGUUCUGGCCUACGAUGAGAACUCCAGAUCCAUAUAUUUCCUGAGUACAGAGGAGGGGUCGGCUCAGCAGCACCUGUACAGGCUGUCCGAGGAGCAUCCUUUCCAUAGAGACUGUCUGAGCUGCUCUCUUUUUAAACCCAACUGCAGCUUCUAUGACGCUGAGCUCAGUCCAGACCAUCAACAUGUUCUCCUCAACUGCAGAGGACCUGGAAUACCUCAGACCACCCUCCACAGGCUGCAGGACAUGAGCGGAUGUCUGGCUGUGGAGACGAAUGUGGAGCUGAGGAGAGCUCUGACUGACAGAACCGUACCGAGGAGGGAGCGGAGAAUCCUGCAAAGAACCGGAUCUGGACUCGGCGUGGAGCUGAUGGUUCCCAGAGACCUGGAUGAAACGGUGAAGCAUCCGGUUUUACUCCUCCUAGACAGCGCCCCUGGUGGCCAAGAUGUGAACGACCGUUUUGCUCUGGACUGGGACUCGGUGCUCGUCACUUCGGACCGAGUCGUCGUGGCCCGAGUGGACAGGAGGGGCCGGGCGGUCCAUCAGAACCUGGGGACGGCUGAUGUUCAGGACCAGAUGGCAGCACUGGAGCAGCUGGUGACACUUCCCUUCGUUGACGGCAGCAGAGUUGGAGUUUAUGGGAAGGCGUAUGGGGGGUUCCUGUCCUCCCUCCUGCUCCUGUCUCACAGCUCACAGAUCAAAUGUGGCGUCGCCGUGGCUCCAAUCACUAACUGGAGGCUCUAUGGAUCCGCCGGAUCUGAGAGGUACUUUGGCUUCCCCGUCAAACAUCAUCUCAGCUACCAGAUCUCCGGUCUCCUGAGGGACGUCAACGCGGCGAGUCCAUGGGACUUCCUGAUUGUCCACGGCACGGCGGACGCUUCUGUUCAUUUCCAGCAUUCAGCAGAGCUGCUCCAGCUGCUGUCGGCGCUGAACGUUAGCUACACCCUGCAGAUCUUCCCUGAUGAAGGUCACCGCAUCAUCAGCGUAAAGAGCGAGCGCUACAUGCUAACGUCCAUGCUCAACUUCUUCAGGCGCUGCUUCCAAGAGGAGGCGGCCGUCGUCAUGGAGACGUCCAAAGAGGAGGACUGA